AAUUGCAAUAGGCGAAAUAGGUUGAAGGGUUUAAAUAGUAAGAAUGUUUUCAGAAACGAUCGUGUAAUGUUAAUGGAUAGAUGUGUAAUGGAUAGAUUCGCUGCAUUCGGAAAGUUUGUGCGGUAGAUUAAUUAAAAAUUUAUUAAAUAUAAAAAAAUAACGCACACAUACGCAUAUAAACGCACACAUACGCACAGUGAUGCGGCUGAAAUUUAGUUUGGGCAACGGUUUAAAAGGGAACAACGAUAGAGCAAAAAGCGGGAGUCGAAAAACUCGCUUGAAGGGACUUGCGAGUGCAGGCGACUCUCUCAUGCACCGAUGCGAAUUUAGAUGCUUUCAUGACGUAUUAAAUUCGCUUCGUACGUCGCGGUUCUGUAUACGUUUCAACAGCACGAUUUCGGAUCGUAGUCGUAAUUUCGGGAACACGGCGCUGUUUUCUCGAUUUUUAUCAGAGCAAACGCGGGCUAUUCGGGAUAUUUCCCUCUCGGUUCGUACAUAAUUUUCACGUAUUUGAAACGCGGAAGCGCGAGUUACGGAAUAAAAGUACGCGGAAAUGUAUGAUACAAUAUUAUUUUCCUUCCCCCUUUAUCGCGGACGCGAGUCGCAAAUGAAAACAGAAAAGAAUGAUUCGGUAAAAUCACGCUAUGUGUGAGAAGAGAUCCCAUAAUGUUUCUGACAAAAUAUAUUUUCUUUUGAGGAAAUCAAUUUAUGAAUUUUUCAAUAGCGCGCGAAAUUUAGUUUCCAUUCUAACGCCUAUCUUCACAGACUACAAGUUUUUGUACUGUUUAAGAUAAUAAGAAAAUCACGUAUAUUACGGAUUUGUUCAGUAGGAUUAAUUAUCCUUUCGAGAAUAUAUUAAUUAAACGCUGAAAUUGGUUGUACAACGGGCGGUAGCGGACACAUAAAUUAUCAUAAAUUACUACGUUCUUCGGCCGCUAUGAAGAAAUCACAUGUGCACCUGCUCUAAUGGCCUUCGCACACAGCGUUCGCCCAUAGAAGCACAAAUGCUCGCGCCCGAGAAUAAAUUCAUCACGACCCCGCCAUCUUUUCGCGCGCAAUGAAUAUAUAAAUACACACACGACUAUACAUAUCCGAUAAAUUUCGAUUCGAUAAGAGCAUUGAGAUUCGACUUUUCGCAGCGAGAUAAGAACAUUUCCAACAUGCCCGGCGAGUAAACGCAUUAACCGGCGACGAGCAUGCUCGCGGCCGCUACGUCAUUUGAGAAUAAAUAAAUAAACAAAAAAAAAGAGUCGUUUGGAUUUUCCUACCUUUUACCAGAUGCGAGAUAAUUCUUCAAGCAGAUAAACACUCACGUCGACAGUGACUCCGGGAACAUCAUUCGCGAACGGGAAGAAGAGCGAUCCUCUCCCUCUCUCUCUCUCUCUCUCUCAUCAACGACGAUAAUAAUAACGCAACACGACGACGACAAUAAUAACAACGCGACAACACAAGGUUCGCACAGUGGCGUCGGAGUGAAGACGGCGCCGGAAUGGAUCGGGCGAGAUCGGGCUCUCUCGGUCGCGAUCGGCUCGCCGCCUUGCCUGCCAUGACUGGCCGAGCGCGGCGUCGCGGGGGAGCGAGAUGGCGCGUCGGUGAGGGAAACCGCCGCGGUGAAUCCGGCGUCGUGAUUGGUCGCCGCGUGGGAGAGCCGCCCGUUCGAGCUCACCGUCGCCGGCAGUCGGCACCGAGUAUUCAAGUCGAGCGCGUCGAGGCAUUCGGAGUCGCGGUGAGAGAGAGAAUUAUAUAUACGUAUAUAUAUAUAUAUAUAUAUAUAUAUAUACACAUAUUCAUACAAGCACGGGGGGAACAACACGCAAUCUCUCGCGAACGUCGCUCGUUAACACGUAUACGGGCACGAUGGCCGCCCGGCGCGUGUACCGUUCGCAACAAAAACAACAACAACAACAACAGUGCCGUACUUGUCGUCGUCGUCAUCAUCAUCAACGUAGCGUCGCACUUGUCGUGCGUCGUGUCCCGCUCGCGGAAUCGCAGCAUCGCGCGCUCGCAGAAACGUCGCGGCCGCCGUCCCUGGCGUGCGGGUACGCUAGUACGCGCGGACUGUCGUCGCGGUGCGCGUAUUGAAGAGUUUUCGUACGCAGCUAACGUCACCACGGAGAGAGAGAAACGCAAGCGAAGGAAGCGGUAACGGCGAGCGAAAAGGACAGCGCGCUCCUCGCUCCGCUGUAAACUCGGCGCAUUAAAUACGGUCUGCCUUCUAUAUACCACCUACCUACCUCUGUGUGCUCGUCUACCGUCUCUUUUUCUUCUAUAUAUAUAUAUAUAUAUCUGUCUCUUUUCUCGUCCUACGCUCCUCGCGCCUUUAUUGCGGCAAUCUUCCCACGCAUCUUCUAUCUCUCUCUCUCUUUCUCCGGCGACGACGACCGGAAAUUAAACUCGCGCGCGAAAAGCGCGAACCGUGCGUCUCCCGUUCCGUCGGUAAGACGUUGCCCUGUCUCCGCGCGGAGUGUGUUUCUGACUCACAAGUGCGUAGCGUCGCAGUUACCGCUGUCCGGUGUACACCGGGCAGGUACCGGGUCCUUUCUUUCAACGGGUCCGUUUCUCGCGUCAAGUAGUGCGGCCUAACCUCGUCGCGUCUCAUCGACAAUCGACAGUGAACGGUUUUUUCUGUGCUACGGAAUUGUCUCGAAACGCGCGUUGCAAGCAGUGUGAAAUUGGCUCGGGUCGCGCACAGUGAGAGACACAAUCGUAAUCGAACGCAGUGUGAACAUAGAGUGAAUUCGUUAAAAGUGACGAGUAAAUUGUUGCGUCGUUUCAAGUUGAUCGAAAAGGGACAGCAUCUCUUUCGAACGCCGCCGAGUCGACGAAACGGGAGCAGACACGCCUCUUCCCAUUUCUCGCUGCGACCGAGUCGAUAAGGACUACGAGAGAAAACCGGGAAAGACGGUGGCCGUCGCUCGCGUGCCCGCAAUAAUGCCGCACGUGAGCAGCAGCGGCGACGGCGGCGACGAGCUCGCCACCGAGGACGAGAUCAAGCUCUACAAGCAUGAGGGCGAGGAGGACAAGACGUCCUCGGAGAAUCUCACCGAGGACAAGAGCGACCUCAUCGACCUUACCGAAUCCGAGGAAAAAGUCGCGCUCGCCGGCGGGAGUUACGCGACGACAGGAAAAGCGUCGACGAGAUCCGACCUUAGCCCCGUAUUCGGAAAGGUGGAUCCGACGCCGCACACAUCCUCGUUCAACAUGGGCUACCUCGUCUCGCCGUACCCGUACCCCAACGGAGCCGGAGGACCCAUCCCCGUUUCUAUGGUGAGUGCAGCGACGCGAUUGGCGGUAUAACUCGUGUGUAUAUAUAUGUGUGAGGCGCCGUCGUAUCAGAAUAAUCCGAUUACGGUGCUGCUGCUGUAAAGCGCGCCGUUAAAAGCACGAAGGGCCGAAAAACUUGGCCGCGCGGAUCGACUAUAAGUAGUAAGAGUCCAUAAACCUACUUUAUAUAUAGUGUCGCCUUGUCUGGCUCGCCGUCUGGUUAGAGAGUGCUCGAUCCGACGACGUCUCCCCGCGCUCGUUUGGUUUUAUGAUCGCGCUUUAAAGCGCUUCGCACGUCGAUUUCAUUAGGUCGAACUUGGACUCUUGGCACGUCCGCCGGACGUAGCUCCAGCUGGAGGCCGAUAUACCGAGACGAGCAGUAGAAUUUAGAGCAUGUCAAACCUAAAACGCACAUAGUUUAAUAUAAUACUUACC